AUCUUUUAUGUACCAACAACUCCAAAAACAAGAACAAAGUUUAUAACAAGAAAUUACAAAUUUCACAUAUUAGCAAAAAAAGAAAAAGGAAAAAAUGGAUUCAAAGAGAGCUGCACCAACACAAGUUUAUGAAGAUUUUGUGCCAACUACAGAGUUGGUGCAAGAACAAGACUCUGAUACUCUUCUCCUUGAUCUCACAGGUUUCAAAAAGGAACAAGUGAGGGUUCAACUGACCAGAACAGGAAUUCUGAAGAUCAGUGGACAAAGGCCAGUUGCUGGAGAGAACAAAUGGCUUAGGUUCCAAAAGGACUUCCCUAUUUCACAAAAUUGCGACAAGACGAAAAUCAGUGCAAAGUUUGAAAAUGGCAUUCUUUAUGUCAAACAACCAAAACUGAUAACUUCAUCAGAGAAAAAAGCUCAAGAACUGCCAACCUCUGAUGCACAACAGCCCAAGAAACCAGCAGUUGAGCCACAACCAACGCCUCAGAAGAAAGAUGAAGAACAAACAAAAGGCGAACCAACACCAACGCCAACACCAACAGAAGAGUUGCCUAAGCAUCAGGCUACUAAUGCUGACAAGCCAGAAAAGAUAGAACCAAAGACGAAAGAAGCUAAAGAUCUCGCGGAAAAAACACCUGCUGAGAAAACCGGUGCAAGUAGCAUUGUUGAAGAUGGAAAUAGUCCGAGUUAUGUGUGUAAACUUGAAAAGGAUACAAAUAUUGGAACUGCAGCUGUUCUAGCUGAAAAGCUGAAGAUGCCAAGGAAAUUGAUGAACAUGAUUCUGAUUGCUCUUUUGUUUCUUGGAAUUGGUCUAUAUAUCAGCAAUAAGAUGAAAUCCAACAAUUAAAUAGCUGAAGAGUGACGGGUUUCGUCUAGUAACCAAAACUAGAAGUUGGGAUACUUGCAUUUCUCCCAGCUCCUGUGAGUGUGAAUGAAGAAAACUCACUGACUACUACUCCCUUUUCUUCUCAUUGCAUUGCUGAAUUGUAUACAUGAAACAUUCGUUUCAAAAAUUCAUAUCGAAUAAAAUAUGACUUAUACUAA